AUGGGAUCAGAAAGGGGUGAUUUGAUUUCCACAUUCUAUGUUGGAAAUUGUUAUAAUUUUGGAGUGGGAAGGGAGGUUAAUGUAGAACUAGCUAUGGAGUGGUAUGAAAAGGCAGCUAAUGCUGGUCAUGGAAUGUCAUGCUUUCUUGUGGCAGAUAAAUGUCAUCAGGAAAAGGAUUUUGAUAAUGCAAUGAAAUGGUAUUCGAAAGGAGCAGAAUUGGGAUUGGAUUUGUGUUUUCAUAGAUUAGGAUACAUGAUUGAAAGAGGAGAAGGUUGUGAACGUGAUCUAGGAAAGGCAUUUGAAUGGUUUCAUAAAGCUGCCAAUUGUGGAAUACCUGUAUCCAUGUACAGUUUGGGAGUUUGUUACGAAAGAGGAAUUGGAUGUGAGAUUAAUGAAAAGAAAUCAAUGGAGUGGUAUGUAAAGGCUGCCAGGAAGGGUAAUCAACAAGCCAAUGCCAAAGUAACAUUGAGAUGUACAACUGGAAUUCGAGGAGAUUAUGAUUUCAAACUUGCAUACGAAUUGUUUUUAUUGGAUGCAACAGUUAAGAAGACUUUCAUUGAAUUCUGCUCUUGUUUUGACAUGCCCAUCUCCAAAUUCUACAUUGCACAGGAGUUAUAUUAUGAAAAUGCAAGAAAUGAUUCUUACAAUUCUUUGGAAAUUAUUGAAAUGCUAGAAUCAACUCAACAAUUAUAUCAAAGCCAGAAUUUGCUAGGGCUUAUUUAUUUGGAAGGAAAGAUUGUAGAGCAGAAUUUUGAUUGUGCUUUCAAAUUAAUUGAGAAAGCAGCAGAAUCAAAGAAGGGAAAAUGUCUCUUUGAUUUGGCCAUCAUGUACCUGUAUGGUUAUGGUUGUAAAAAGGAUUCACUCGAAGCCAGAUAUCGAUUAAAACAAUUGGCAAUAGAAGAAUAUCAACCAGCUAUUGAUUUACUUGAAAGGAGUUUCCACUCUGAUUUAUUGAAGAAUCGGCAAUAUUCUGAUUUGAUUAUUGUUAUGAAAUGA